AUGUGUAUCUUCGUUCCUGGCCAAUGUAAAGCAAAUUUCUUUUUACAGCAGCAUCACAAAAAAAUUGCCAAAAUAACGCCAAAGAAGCCAAGUACUGGAGGAUAUAAAUACCCCGCGCCAAUAUCCAUUCCCAACAUAAUUGGCACCGAUUGCGGCCUAACAAACAUACAUCUUCAUCACUUGGGCGCCCUGGUGUCAGCAGGAUUCGAGGUGUCGGCAAUAGUUGGAGAAAAUAUAUUGAAUACAGACCGCAGUCACACUAGCACUAGUGCCCGAACGAAGGGCAACAAAGAUAAUUUUGAAGUUAUUGUUGCAGGGUUGGAUACGAGUGGCGAUGGUAGUUUUAGUGCCGUUUCUGAAACGUGGAACACCGACGGUAAUUCAACAAAGAAGAGAUUCUAUCAAACAGCGCAAUCAUUCAGCGAGGAGCAAAAACAGCAACAACAAUUGGAGCAACCCAACCAACUAAAGCAAUUUUUAAGCAGGUCUCUUGUUGAACAGGCACAUAGUAGAAACAGUACAAUGCAAUAUUCUGCGGGUGAAAAUCUCAAUCGAGAACACAACGUAGCUUACGAAUGUAAUAAUGAAUCGGCGGAAACACACUCUAUUGAUAUUAUGAAACCAAUCAACAUUUGCUUCGAUGCACAGACUACUAACACAAAUGACGAGGCGGGCACGACGAUGGCAGAACGUGAUGUUGGUUCGACGUUUUUAUUACCGCAUACACACCUGUAUAAAUCAGAUAUGCGUUGCCGGGAAAGUCGUCCUAGUCGUGUCCAUAUUCAACGCAGAGAAUAAAAUAUGGAUUUUCUACAAACACCCAAUUAGUUCUGGCUUGCAGUCACUUUUUAAGGAAAUUUAUUUUUAUUUACCCAUUUAUUUACAUGCAUUUAUUAAAAGAAAAAAAUGUAGUUUACAUACUUAUUAUGUACAAGCUGGAUUAAAUCCAAAGUUUUCUGUGAAAUCUAUACAUAUCGCACUAGUUACGUUAAAGCGUAACAACUCGAAAUCUGAACAUUUUCAGUAGAGACGAGAAACUGUUUCCGUAAAUAUUAAUAAUAUAGGUAUUACAAGGGAAAAAAUAUGUAAUUGCACGAAAAUAUCAUUAAAAACAAUAUAACGGUUGUUUCAUUCUUAUUUGUUUAGUAGUUGCGCUUGACAUUUACGAAAUGGGAUGCUAUACGCUUGAACAAAAUUGGGAAAUAUUGAAAACCUAUUUCCAAAGUGGUGAGUCUUCUUCUUCUUCCGCGGUUACAGUAAAUGGCGAGCGUUACCGUGACAUGCUCAACAAGUUUUUGUUUGCAAAAAUUAAAGAGGAUGACAUGGACGACAUUUGGUUUCAACAGGACGGUGCAACUUGUCACACUGCCAAAGUUACACUCGAACUUUUGGCUACCGUUUUUGAAUUCCGAUAUCAAUUGGCCGCCUCGGAGCUGUGAUUUAAGCCCGUUGGACUAUUUUUGCCAUUCAUGAAAUUGGAGCCCAAACAAUCGAAAAUGUGCUUACAAAUUUGGUUGACCGAAUGGCCUACUGUAAAGCCAGUCGUGUCAGUCAUUUGAACAAUA